GACAUUACACUUGAUCAUUUGCCGACUGUAACAAAGUCAAUGAAUAUCCAUCUUAUGUGGCUGAUAUUUCACAUUUGUCAAGUGGGUAUUGCGUCCACGUGUACCCGUCACUUGGUAGUACCAAAAAAUCAGUGUGUUAAACCGUUACUUGCUUGAAAGCGCAAAGCAUAAAUCCCCAAGUUUUCAAUCAAUGGACGGAGAUUUGCAAAGACUGUGGCCACUUAGCAUUGAAUGAGAUAAAAAAGCAGAGAAAACAGAGGAGUUGGGGAGAGAGAGAAAAGCUCUCUCCCUCCCAUUCACUCUCUUUCUAAAGUCUUCAGCUUUCUUUAAACCAAGCAAUCACGGGUGACUCCUGAUAUCUCUGCCUUUGAGUUCAUCUUUUUCCUACAGCCCAACCGAACCUAAUCUCCUGAUCCUGUUAGAAGCAACCGUGAAAACUCUUUUAUUGUUUUUUUUCCUUCUUCUCUUGCAAAGUCUGUAUUUUGCAUGAAUAUGAACCUAAUUUGGACGCACACAAUCUGUUUGUGAAUAUUCAUCUCUGUCUUGGAGAGCAAUCUCUCUUGAAAUGGAAGUCUGUUAUGUAGAAUCCUACUUCUUGCUCUCGAAAACUUGAUGGGUUGUCUCUGGUUUUGUGAAUUUAUUGAGCAAUUAAUGAAAACCCAUCUCUGUUUCUCUCUUUGUUUUGGAACCCAUGUUUUUGAAUCAGUUCAUGCACUUCCUGAAAUCAAUUCACACAUUCAGGAGGAAAACUCGUUUUGAUUGUUUGUUUUGACACAACCCCAUCUUCUGUUCCGCCACAAAGUGCUAUAAAGGAGCCUAAUUUGAACUUCGCAAAAAUGGCUGGCUCAUGUUUUCCUGCAUUUCGGCUUCGAAAAUCGAAGAGCAAGCCAUUACCGACUCCUUCCUCUUCGAAAACCCAGUUGGAGACUGAUACGGAGAUUAUGGAGAAGAAGAGGUUUGACAGCUUGGAAUCAUGGUCCAUGAUAUUGGACUCCGAGAACGUGGAGACUUGGGAGGUUUCGAAGGAGGACCAAGAGGAAUGGACGGCCGAUCUGUCGCAGCUGUUUAUUGGUAACAAGUUUGCAUCAGGUGCUCACAGUAGGAUUUAUCGUGGGAUUUAUAAGCAGAGAGCUGUUGCGGUCAAAAUGGUUAGAAUUCCAAACCAGAAAGAAGAAACAAGAGCCUUUCUUGAACAACAAUUCAAAUCUGAAGUUGCCUUACUUUCACGUCUCUUCCAUCCCAAUAUAGUACAGUUUAUUGCGGCUUGCAAGAAGCCCCCAGUUUACUGUAUCAUCACAGAAUAUAUGUCACAAGGAACUUUGAGAAUGUACCUCAACAAGAAAGAGCCAUACUCACUUUCAAUUGAAACAAUAUUGAGGUUAGCUCUUGACAUAUCCCACGGAAUGGAGUAUCUUCAUUCACAAGGGGUGAUCCAUAGAGACCUCAAAUCCAAUAAUCUGCUUUUAAAUGAUGAAAUGCGGGUUAAGGUGGCAGAUUUUGGCACUUCGUGUUUAGAAACACAGUGUCAAGAAGCCAAAGGAAACAUGGGAACUUAUCGUUGGAUGGCACCAGAAAUGAUCAAGGAAAAACCUUAUACUCGGAAAGUAGAUGUGUACAGUUUUGGGAUUGUGCUGUGGGAGCUCACUACAGCUUUGCUUCCGUUUCAAGGAAUGACCCCUGUGCAGGCUGCAUUUGCUGUGGCUGAAAAGAACGAGCGGCCUCCAUUGCCGGCUAGUUGUCAGCCAGCACUGGCACAUCUCAUAAAGCGCUGCUGGGCAGCAAACCCAUCGAAGCGACCAGACUUCAGCUACAUUGUUUCUGCUUUGGAGAGGUAUGAUGAGUGUGUCAAGGAGGGCCUUCCUCUUACAACACACUCAAGACUGGUCAGCCGCAACGCCAUUCUCGAGCGCUUGAAAGGUUGUGUUUCCAUGAACUCAUCUAUACCUGUACAUGCCUGAAUCCAUUAAGAAGGUAAUAUGGCAUUCAUCUUCCAUCUUUAAGGUACCUUCUUAGUAAAUUAGUCCCUAAUUAACAACUUGUUGAUAUUGAA